UCUUCUCUUCCAUCUAAACACCUUCCUUCAUCUUGUUCUUCUACAACAACUAUAAGAAGAAGUUCAAUCUUGAACAUGCUUGGAUGGAGCUUCGUAAUGAUCAGAAAUGGUCUGACCUUUGUACUUCUAAAACCGAGGGAAACUCUAAAAAAAAGGAAGUGUGAGGAUGAAGCUGCACAAUCAUCAAGCUCUCACGCUGAAGCUCAUGAAGGAAGCAAUCGUCCCCCUGGUGUUAAGGCUGCAAAGGCCACUGGUAAGAAGACAAUGGUAGAGGGGAAAGAGAGGCUGUCUGAGUUUCAGACCAUGUGGUCCAUUAAACAACAAGAUUUGACCAUGAAAAAGAGGUUGGACAAUCAGCAUACGCAGAGCUUCUUGUUCUGGUUCUGAUGAUGGGGUGAGAGUUGCCAAAGCUGAGAAAGAAAUAAAUCAUUGAAGGUUCUUGUUCUCUUCUUCGAAGACGCUGAAGAUCAUCACGGGCUGUCCUUUGUAUUGUUGUGUGUCACGGGCUGUCCUUUGUAAUGUUGUGUGUCACGGGCUGUUGUUGUGUUGCGGUCUUUUGUAGUCUUGUGGUCCAUGUGCAAUGA